AGAUUUACUAUUGAGAGAGAGAGGGGGAGAGAGAGAGGCAGAGAGAGAGAGAGAGAGAGAGAGAGGGGGACUGCGCAAAAACCACGGUCCGGAUUUGCGCCUGGCUGACGUCACAGGGAGCCUCAGACCCUCUUUGACAGGAUCCAGAAGCGACGACCGCCGAGGACACACGAGCGACCGACGUCCAGCGGGCCAGCAGCGGGGGAGACCGGAGAGAUGUCAACGAGCUCACCGCUGUUGUCUGUUCGCGCAACACACGCGCCCGUAAAGUAGAAGAGAAAGAAGUAAAAAGCCAAGGCGGGCGACGGGGGGCAUUUCUCUUCGGUCGACAUGAGAGCGCCUCGCCGUCGUUAACGGCUGUUUUCUGCCUCAGAUAUAAAUUAGAAAAAGGAGCCGAACCGUCGGAGAGAUAAGCAGCCCCCCCCCAGAGGAAAGACGGCUAAUCCCCGGGGGACGGUCGCGUACAGGAGAGGGGCUCGGGACCCGGCGUACACAACGGACAGUGUGCGGCACGAAGUGGAUUAAAUGAUCGGGAAGAAUAAGGAGCAGAACAGCAACAGCAGCGACAACACUACAUGUCCGUUGACCCGUGUUGCUCUGUACCUGCGUGGAAAUGGGAGCUUUAACGAGCCGACAGAACAUCGGCGUGGAAGAAGUGGACAUCCCGUCCAGCUCCGUGUACCGCUAUCCACCGAAAUCUGGGAGUUACUUCGCCAGCCAUUUCAUCAUGGGGGGAGAGAAGUUUGACUCCACUCACCCGGAGGGUUACCUGUUCGGGGAAAACACAGACCUUAAUUUCCUGGGGACCAGACCUGUAGCGUUCCCGUACGCGGCCCCUCCACCUCAGGAACCAGUGAAGACGUUACGAAGCCUUAUAAACAUCCGCAAAGACACUCUGCGGCUCGUACGCUGCAGCGAGGACCUGAAGCUGCCGGGCGAUGAGGCGACGGGGAAGAACAGGGCCUGUUACAACGUAGAGUUCACCUUCGACGCUGACACACAGGUCGCCAUCACCAUCUACUACCAGGCCAUAGAGGAGUUUCACAAUGGCGUGCCAGUUUACCUGCCACAGGACAGCUCUCUGCAGUCUGAGACGGUGCACUUCAAGAGGGGCGUUUGCCAGCAGUUCUGUCUGCCCUCACACACUGUCAACCUCAGCGAAUGGGCCGAUGAGGAGCUGCUGUUCGACAUGGACAAGGAGGUUUUCCCGAUGGUGGUGCAGGCUGUGGUGGACGAGGGAGAAGAACAUUUGGGACACUCCCACAUACUCCUGGCCACAUUUGAAAAGCACAUGGACGGGAGCUACUGUGUGAAGCCUCUGAAGCAGAAACAAGUGGUGGAUGGAGUGAGUUAUCUACUGCAGGAGAUCUAUGGGAUAGAGAACAAAUACAACAGCCAAGAAUCAAAGGUCGCUGACGAUGAGAUCAGCGACAACAGCGCGGAGUGUGUGGUGUGUCUGUCGGAUGUGAGGGACACCCUCAUCCUGCCGUGCAGACACCUGUGUCUCUGCAACGCCUGUGCAGACACGCUGCGCUACCAGGCCAACUGCUGCCCCAUCUGCAGACUGCCGUUCAGAGCUCUGCUGCAGAUCCGGGCAAUGAGGAAGAAACUUAGUCCUCUGUCACCUACCAGCUUUAACCCCGUCAUCACUUCGCAGACCUCAGACUCGGAGGAACACUCGGCGUCGGAGCACAUCCCUCCGGGCUACGAAGUAGUGUCUCUCCUGGAGGCGUUGAACGGGCCUCUCAACACGUCCUCGGUGGUUCCCCCUCCUCUCCACUCCGGCCCCAGCCACGUCUCCGGAGCGCUGCCGCCGUACAGCAACGAGACCCACCCGACGCCGGCGCGCUCCCUCUCCCCUCUGGACCACUCCAACUCCAGUCAGGGCCUCAAACUCAAGAAGAGUGGUUCAAAGUCACUUUCCCAGAAUUCCUCUGUGCUUCCCGAGGAGGAAGACGAGAAGUCGUGCAGUGAAUCGGAGGCCUGUCGCCACAAACUCGCUGUGGACCAGCAGGAGGUUUGUUGUGGAGUGACUCCAGACAGCGAGAACCUGACUCUCUCCUCGUCUGGAGCCAUCGACCAGUCGUCCUGCACAGGAACCCCGCUCUCCUCCACCAUCACCUCCCCUGAAGACCCAGUGAGCAGCAGCCUGGCCCAGUCAGUGAUGUCCAUGGCCUCGUCCCACUCGCAGCACUCCCACAUCAGCACUGACACCAUGUCCUCCAUGUCAGGGUCCUACCUGGCCGGGGCCGAAGGCGAGCCCGGCGGGCAGGAGGGGGGAGGCGACGCGGAGGGCGAGGAGAACCAGGACACACCCAUGGAGAGGCGAGGACCGUUGCAGCAAGACGGGGAGUUUUCCAAGGAGCCAAAGGAACAAAAUUACUCAGUGGCAGAGGAGCAGGACUCAGAGGGAAACGAUGUGACAGAAGAGGACUGCUCUUCCCCGUCUAAUGGGAAAGGUGGGCGGAGCAGGUGUCCAGAAAUGGCCAAUAACAAUCAGGGCGUCGCCCUCUGUGACACGCCCUCUUUGGGGUUGGAUAAUGAGCAGGCUCCCGACAGCCGAUUCGCCGGUCGGAUGUACCUCGGGGGCUACAGGCCUGUUUUGGAGCCCCUCCCCCACCACACCUCCACCAGCAAUGUCAACCUGGAGGAGCAGGGGGCAGAUAACCGGGACGGCCAGAGUCCCAAACAUCCCCGCCGCGGGCCACUCAUGGUGUAACACACACACACACACACACACACACACACACACACACACACACACACACACACACACACACACACACACACACACACACACGUAACCUGCUCUGUCCAGAGUCCGCUCUUCUUACCCUGUCAUAGUGCUGCAUUGCUGGACUCUGUCCUCGCUGAACAGGGAAACCCGUCCCCACCUCUCUCGACGUCUCCGCCGAAUCUCCUCUCGAGCAGAAAGAGGGGGGAAGAGGAAACAAACGGCAUCACCUCUCCACUGUACACUUUAAUCUCACAGAAGUUUCCUUUAUUUUAUUUUAUUUUUUAUGUCUGUGACCUAACUUGUUGUGGGACUUAUUAUCUUACUGCGACAUUAUUAUUUAUUACUUGUAGGUGUAACCAAUGAGUGCUAUGUAUCGUGACACUAUCUUUAGAAACAUACAUGCUGCUCCCUCCCUUUUUUCUUCCCCUUUCCCUUCCCUUCCCCUUCCUUUUCCUUCUCUCUUCUCCUGUCUCUGUUACCAGCCAAACAGUCAGGGGCUACUGUGAUCGGCAAUCGGAUUUAUUACUAAUGUACUUCUUCUUCUCUGUUAUAAACUGUGCGCUGAAUGAGUGGUGGGACACUAUAUAAAAUCAGCUCACAACGGACUACCUUACUUCACCAUAGCAAACUAAAAAGGUUCAGACUCCUCUCCUCGGAUCAGGGAGCUCUCAACUCUCGACUUCACAUGCAGCUUUCGAACUCCUACCCGUUUUUUUUCCUUCUCAUCCUGCCAUGAUUUUUCAAAACACGUCGAACGUCGCGGAAUGUGAAUACAAGAAAUGCUCGGACUUGUGAGGUGGCAUACGAGCCAAGAAAUGUCAGCCAAAUGAACACUAAUGGACAAAAAAAAAAGAAGAAAAAAAAAGAGAUACAUCACACAGAAUGUAACAUGGAAGAAGCGGGAAUGUACGUGACGUCUAAAUCGUCACUUAAACUGGAAUUAAACACGAACUCUGAACCUUAAACUUGAUCUUUAGAUACACGCCCACCACGACACCCUCUGCUUCUGCGGCCACAUGUUAGCAUGUCGGGAUUCCUUUCUCCAUCUUUGCAACUGGAAAUCCACGAGUUACCACCAAGCAAUAAAGAUGCCGCAGCCGCAUCUCUUCCUUUUUCUUCUGCAGGAGGACGCUCAUUUACAGUCCAGACAACGACGAGACUGUGUUUGCACUGACCUCUUACAUUCAAAUCCAGACAUUUCAGUGUGUUUCAAUGUUAUUUUUCAAAUUUUUUUUUGUCAUUGUAAAAAGAAAACAACCUACAGUGGAGUUCAAAAAUGUUAACGUGAGAUAUAAGCCACACUGUCGUUAGCUGGCGUUUUGUUCAUCCUCAUGAUCAUCGACCCGACGAGCCCUUCUUCUUCCCAUUUGUGAAGCUUUUAGUUGUUUUGGUUUUGUAUAACCUUUUAAUGUAUAGCUCCGACCCGUUGUUGUCGCUGUUCUCCGUUCCUGUGUUUUUGAUUUGUUGCAAAACACUGUGCCGUUUAUUCGAAUGUGGAUGAAAACAUGUGAAACAAUUUGUAAAAAGGUUUACACACUUGCGCGCGCACACACACCCAUUGUGCGCUCACAUAACUGAAAAGGGACGAUAUCAACAUUUAAUGCACUAUUAGCUGUUUCCUAGACGACACACGUUGCGGUGCAUGAGGCGAUAGUAGAGUAAGCAUGUUAGUCUAGGUCGGCCUGCACCCUCUUGUAGAAUACUCGAUGACGGAUCACUGCACACACAUUAAAGCCGCUCCAUAUCCUUCUGUAGUGUUAUCUGAAUCGGUCGCUGGCUCCUUAUUCCCCUUGGCCAAAGCGUUGAGGUCAAGACUACUGCACUACUAUAUCCAAGCUGCAAACAGUCGUGUGAUUACAGUCCGAAUGUGCAGAUGAAGCCGUUGUCUGGCACCGCUCGCAGUGUGAUAUCAGAGGGAUGGGUUGCGAAGCUGCAAGGACCCCACUUUUCUAGAAUCAUAAGUACAAAAAAAAAAUGUCAAAGAAAAUAUCAAACGGACAAUAAAGUUUUUGCAACUUAA